CGACCACAGCACACGGACGUGAUAUACUUUGGUUUGUGUGUCUUGUUUUUCGUUAUCCCGCCAGUGUCGAGCGCACCUUUCCAAGCGUAGAACUCAAAUAUCAUUCAACCCCCUGAUUCGAUAGUGGACGGAUUGUAGCUAUAGCAACACGAGUGUGCGUGAAAAAAGGAAAUGGCUUCAUAUUUAAGUGUAAUUUCCACGUUAGUGGCUCUCAGUCUCUGCACAAUAUGCGCAGAAAACAUUGGAUUUAACAGUGGUGUAGCGGGAGGUACUGCAGGUGGGUCGAGAGCCAACUGGGAUCAGCAACAACAAGGACAAUUCCGACCUUUUGGCAGUGAUAAACCAUGUUCUGUCUUAGUCAAUGAAACAAUGACGCAAAAUGACGCCCAAGUGAUCAUUGAGCGUAUCCUGAUUACGGCAGAUACGAUGGGUAACAGCUUUUCCUCCUCAUCGUUUACGGGUGGAUCCAACCAACAACUAGACACAUGGGCAGCACAGGCAUGCGGGCAAAUGCAAAACAUUGUCGGCUAUUUGAAAUCGGCUUGUCAGUUCAGCCUCAGCGCUAGCUCCAUUUCCAGUACGAGCAGCACCAGCUCAACGGAACUGGUGGCCCAGAAAAAAUUAGGCGCCCUGAACGCGGCCAAGGAUUACCUCUGUUCCAACAACCAAGUUAACCUGAAAGAAAUGGCCAUGAAUAAUGGAGCGCAGUGUGCCCGCAAAACUGAUUUGAAUGAAUUCGGUUGCAACGUUCAACAAGGAGCACAGCCUACCUUUAUACAAAUGUUGCCGUCAUCGAAUCGACAAACGUUGAAAUACGGGACAUCCAUUAUUCUUAGCAUGAAUAGCUACAACAACGAUGAUUGCAAGUACAUUGCAGAUAUAACCAAUUGCAUCUUGGACAAAUAUACGCGUGGAACUGAUUUUUGUAGUUCGCGGGCAUCGACGCACUUUGGCCGUAUCUUUGAUGUGAUGCUUCAAGGUGUCCAGUGCAAAACGGGUGGCUACUCUACGUUCAACUCUUUUGACAGUUCCAAUAGUUUCAACAACAAUCCAGCCUUCAAUCGUUUCCCUAGCGGCAGCAAUUUGCCAAACAACCAAAACAAUUUCGGCUUAAACAGUGGCAGUUUUCCUCAAAAUUUUCCUCAAGGAUCAGCAGACAGUAAUGGCUUUAAUGGACAAGGUAUCAAUAAUUUCGGCAUGAACUCUGGAAGUAACUGGCCGCAAAAUCAAAAUGGAUUCGGAAUGAAUUCUGGAAGUAACUGGCCACAACAAAAUCCAAAUUCUUUUGGAAUGAAUUCCGGAAGUAACUGGCCACAACAAAAUUCGGGACAAGGUUCCGGUAUCUUUGGACAGAGCUCCAAUAAUCAAGGUCAAAACUCCUUCCAAUCAAGUGGAACAAUUCCACCAUACAAUCGGAGGCCUUACAACAGCGGAAACGCCAUCCAGGCGACCAUGACAAUGGUUGUUUCAACCAUAUUUGUCGCGUGUUUGGUUCUUUAAAUUAUAAUUUUUUUUUCUUUAUUUUCGCACUACACAAUCCCAUGCCCAACUACGGGGAAAGCAGCUGUCCUUCAUCCCACAGUAGCAUUUGAUAAAUUCUUUUAAUAAUAAAAUAUUUGCUGCACUUUCAGUGACAGUACAGCACAAAAAAAUGUAAGUAGUUAGUAUUUCCGUUACACACUUGGGAUAUGUA